CAGUUUCCAACAUACACAGGCUUCAAAGGCGGUUUUCGGUGGUAGUGGCGGCGGGUUUCGAGCAACAGAAGCUCGGUCACGGCGGCUCAGCCCCAGAAGUAGCAGUGACGGAGCACGCAAUGGCAGCAGUGGCUUCGCGCUGCACGGCGGCGCCUCCCUGUUUCCUCCACCGUGAGAUCUCUUUCGCUCUCUGCUCCAAAGACGGCGACACAACUGGGUGGCGGCUGGGCUUGUUGGCAACGGCGACUCCACACGCGAUGAAGACAGCAACGGUGGCGCGACGGUUGUGCCUCCUUCUCGCCUGGUCCUCCUCGGCGCUGGCGCAAACGGCGACACGACGCGACGGCGAUCCUGAGCGGCAUGGUGGCUCCCUCACGACACUUUCCUUCUCUCUCAGAUCUCCUCCCUCCUCUGUCAGCAGCGGCGACGACGGUGGCAGUGACACCGACCGCGCCGCCUCACUCUUCUCCCCCCCUCCUUGCUUCCUCGUUCUCCCUUUUCUCUAUUUCCGUUUUCCCCUUUUUUUUUCCUUUCUUCCCCCUCUCCGUUUGACCGCGCGAGAAGGAGGCACAACCGUCGCGCCACUGUCGCUGUCUUCAUCGCGUGUGGAGUCGCCAUUGCCAACAAGCCCAGCCGCCGCCCUGUUGUGUCGCCGCCAUGAAGACCUCGCCGACGUCUUCCCCUUCGCAGAUUGUCGCCGUCUUUGGAGCAAAGAGCGAAAGGGAUCUCACGGUGGAGGAAACAGGGAGGCGCCGCUGUGCAGCGCGAAGCCACUACUGCCGUUGCGCACUCCGUCACCGCUACUGCUGGGGCUGAGCCGCCGUGACCGAGCUUCUGCCGCCCGAAACCUGCCGCCACUGCCACUGGAAACCGCCUUUGAAGCCUGUGUAUGUUGGAAACUGGUUUCAUUUUAUGAAUGA